AUAAUAGAGAACUCUUUAGCUCAAAAGGCUUGUUAUACAGGGUGUUUGAACCCAGCUGCCAUGUGAUUUAUCAAGUUCUUUCCAAAUGUCUCAAUGAGACUUCAAUACUCCCUACACACGCCUCAGGUACAUUGCGCCCAUUCCAAAUAACUCUGUAUAUAAAAACGGCAGAUAUAAUCUGGACCCUUUCGAAAAAUGCGCAGACGAUGAGCUCUGGAAGGCGAUAGAGCGCGUAGAGCUGAAACACAGCGGCGUUGCGCUCGACACUGUGAUCAGUGAAAGUGGGGCCAAUUUCAGCGCUGGCCAAAGACAGUUGAUUUGUCUGGCACGAGCGAUAGUUAGGAAUAACAAAAUUCUGAUAAUGGACGAGGCGACCGCCAAUGUGGAUCAACACACCGACUCCCUGAUCCAAACCACCAUCCGGCAGGCCUUCAAGGAUUGCACAGUUAUAACGAUAGCGCAUCGCAUUAACACGAUAAUCGACUGCGAUCGAGUUCUGGUGAUGGAUCAUGGCCAGGCGGUGGAAUUUGGGCCGCCCCACGAGCUCCUGGGGCAGAAAGAUGGACAUUUUGCUCAAAUGGUUGAACAAACCGGGCCGACCAUGUCCUCCAAGCUACGCAAACAGGCCAAAGAGAGCUACAAUCAGAAGAGGGCCGUGGAGAGACAAAAGAGCGAUUAGCUGACUUAAUUUUUUUAGGCUUCAUUCGGAACAUUCCCAGACCAUAACACCGACUGACUAUUUACUUGAUUUCAAAUGUUUUACAUACUAUUUUUCUGGUUUCUGAUGAAGCCUUGCAAGGAAUACUUAAUAUUUGCAAAUAAAAAGGUUGUUUUUGUAAA